AUGCUUGCGCGAGAACAAGUUGAUCCACUAUUUACUACCGUUGAACUCACACCGGCUCUCGGCUUCCGUGGACAAGCCUUUCCCAGCCUCGUUCCCCAAUACCGUGUGACCAUCUUUGGUGAUGAAAGUGAUGACUCGUCGUUGAAAGUUCGUCACUAUCCAAUCGCACCGGAUCUUGGCCAGUUGGACGAUCGUACAGGUCGUCUGUCAAUUGAUCGUCUUUUGUCCGAAACUCUGGUGGUCCGAUGUCGUGAACGGCUUUUACGUAUUCGUAAGCGCCUCAAGGCAGCUAAGCCUCUUUCGAUAGUUUUGUACGCUGGAUCAGCGACACCAAGUCUUUGGCUUCCACUGUUACGGGAUAGUGUAGACACACGGGAAGAGUGUGUAGUUAUAUCAGUGAAUAUGUUUAGCGGACGUGUUCUCUGUAGUUUGGAUGCGAUAGAGUUCCUGCCGGGUUCAGCUAGUGAACUAAAAGAAUUUGAAGCAGCUUUGUACGAUGGCCAAUCGAUUGAUUCUCUGCGCAAGCGAAUCGAUCGUCUAAAAGUCCUGCUGAUGAUCGAACGAUACCGGAGAUCUGUCUCCACCCUUCAAGUACGCAUCAUCAACGAGAAUCAAAUGGCACCGUUCUUCAAGAAGGUUGCAGUCAACUCACUUCCGAGUGAUCGUAUAUGCCUCCAGUUCAUUAAAGAAGAGCAUUUCUUUUUGGUUAUCACAUUCAUUUCUAAUGAGAAUCUCACUGUCAAAAUGAAUCUUUAUCUAUUGUGUACCCUUGAUGACAAGGUACAGAUGAUGGAGUUGAAUAAGGAGAAGCAGCUAAUUUCUGCUCCGAUCGAGGGAGUGGUGGACAUUGAAGCCAAGGCAUUUGGACAAUCUGAAUAUGAUGACGUGUGGACUUUGAAGGAAAAGGUUUGA